AUAAGCUGUCUGUUGGUUUCAUUUUGAGGUGUUUGUUUGAUUUUUGUGGAAUAUUAAUAAAUAUAAAUAUUCAAUCAAAACAUUGUAUGAAGCAAGUAGAAUAUUUGUAUGACAAUUCAAUAUCUAGCACAGACUGUUAGAGUUAUAAACAACAUAAACUUGAACCAGAUCCAGACAGAGUUCAAGAAAUCAUUAAGAAGAGUUUAGAAGAUGCAAAAUGGAUUGUGAAUAAGUACACCCAGAAAUAAUGGAAAUAAUGAGUAAAACUUGCUGUCACAAUACAGAUAGAAAAUACAGAUUGUCCAUUAUCAACAAAUAUUCUAAGAAAUAAAUAUGUUUGGAGAAAAGAUAGAAGAUUAUGAAAUUCUUGAACACCUAGGCAAAGGUGGUUUUGCACAUGUAUAUAGAGCAAGAUGUCGAAAGACAGGACUAUUUGUUGCCAUCAAAAUGAUAGACAAAGCUCUUAUGGCACGAGCCAAUAUGAUAGGCCGAGUGAGACAAGAGGUCACUAUACACUCACGUUUAAAACAUCCUGCUAUAUUAGAAUUGUACACAUUUUUUGAAGAUGCACAUUAUGUUUAUUUGGUAUUAGAACUUGCUCACAAUGGUGAACUGGCAAAGCACUUUAAGUUAGGAACUCGGGGGCUAUCAGAGAAAGCUGCUGCUGAUAUUUUUAGACAAGUUGUUAGUGGAGUCCUAUAUUUGCAUAGUUACAAUAUUAUACAUAGGGAUUUGUCAUUAAAUAAUUUAUUACUAACAAAAGACCUCAAUGUCAAAAUAGCAGACUUUGGUUUAGCUACACAGUUAAAUGGGCCAGAUGAAAAACAUGUAACAAUGUGUGGAACUCCAAAUUAUAUUUCUCCAGAAGUGGCUUCAAGAGAAUUUCAUGGGUUACCAGCUGAUGUUUGGGGCUUAGGGUGCAUGUUGUAUACACUUUUAGUUGGAAGUCCACCUUUUCACACUCAACAUGUAAAAACCACUUUAAAUAAAGUAAUAAAUGCAGAUUACAAAAUUCCCAAUGAGCUGUCUUUACAAGCACAAAACUUAUUGCAAAAACUUCUAUGUAAAGAUCCCACUCAAAGAAUAACACUGAAAGAAAUAAUGGAACAUCCUUUUCUAAAUAGCCUAUGUUAUGCCAAACAAGAUUUUUCAAGAGAUUCUGGAUUUCUGACAACACUGCAUAGCACUCAACACAGCAGUAAACAAAGACAUGACGAUCAACUGGGUUCUGAUUAUCUUGGUAUUUGUAAAGAACAAAAUGUUAAUAACUUCAUUGAAAGGAAAGAAGUGAGACCUUCUUCAUUCAACAUAUUUACUGGCAUACUAGAAUAUUCUUCACAAAUCACAGGCCAAGAUUGUAGGAUGAAUUUGAAUUGUGAAAAAGGAUUUGCUGAAGUGUUUGAUUCUAGGAAUCAAUCUAGCAGUAACUUAUUACAAAAACCUGAUAGUAUCUGUAGCAACAACCCAAUUAUAGAUAGAAUAAAAAAACUGGAGAUAAAAUGUGGGAGUAAUCAAAGUCUAGACAUCGCUGAUGACAAUAAAGAGAAUAUACAAAAACUUGGCAAUUUAAACACCAACUCUCUUGGAGUCCCACCUCUGUGUGCUGAAAGAUUACCUACUAUCUCACAUAGAACUCGAAAUGCUAUAUUGAAAAUAGAACCUUCCGGAGUGAUAGUAGAAUUUAUUAAAAAGAAAGGAAAAGAUAGGGAAGAAAAGGUUGUAGAAAUAUGUAAGAUAUCUAAGGAUGGUAUGAAAAUAAUUAUCUAUACAGUUGAUAAUAAAGAUAGAGUUAAUUUAGCCAAUGUAGAUCAUGAUCCCAGUCCUGACGAAGUGUUUUCAUACCAUAAUUUGCCACAGAAACAUUGGAAGAAAUACUUGUAUGCUUCCCGUUUUGUAGAUUUAGUUAAAGCUAAAACUCCAAAAAUAACACUUUAUUCCCCAUUGGCUAAAUGCCAACUUAUGGAAAAUGGUACAGAUAUAGAUAUGUUCUUUUACAAUGGAGAAAAGGUUACAUUCACAUCUGCUGAUGGCUUAAAAAUUAUUGACAAAGCUUUAAAAACUUAUCACAAUGCAUCCACAAUACCUGAAUUAAAACAUUUAAUUGACCACUAUGACGAAUGUUCCAAUCGCAUAAAAAGAGUGCAAUCGGCUUUAUCAUGUAUACCUGAUGAAUGUUUCCCUUUAAUAAUCGGAAAAAGACCAGUGUCGUGUAUGGCUAAUAUGUCAUCCCCAUAUAAUGGAUCUGUUGCCCCUAACUACAACACCCCAGUACUAAAUGUAGGGUCAUUUCAUCGUACAAAUGCAAGUACUAGUCAAACUCCUAGUGAAUACAAUAUUCUUUAAUACCUCUAGCAUGCAUAAAUGGACAUGAAUGAAUUAGUAUGUAAAAUUUACAGUCUGUAUAGUUAAGAAUUACCUAGUAGUAGUAGUAUCUAACUAUAAUUUAGGUACCUAGUUAAAUGUGCUCUUGACUGUACUAGAUAUGUGAAAUUCAUCAAAAAUAUACGAAUAUCAUUUUUAUAGAAUUCUUUACAGGAUAUUUGGUAGGUAGCUGAAAAAAGGUAGUUUAGACCAAUCAAAAUAAUUGAAGCCAUAUUUGUUUUACAUUGAUGUGUAAGAAUUUGUAUUAGUGUUACAGCUAUCGACCAAAUACCUUAUAUUUUAGCCUUUCGAAACAUUAAGCUAUAGAGUGGCGCCAGUACUCCCAAGAACUUUAAUCAUGUACUUAUUGAUGACUUUCAUCUGAUGCCUCUUCCGCGCUGAUAGGUUAUAACUCUAAUGUGACUACACGUUAUACCUACGCCUAUACAUAAACCUCGCAAUACACAAGAAAGAGAGACCGGGCUACCGAUGAAAGAGAUGGCAAUAUUCAGGGUGAUGACAUUGCAACGUAGACAACUGUUUGCAUCAAAUGAACUUGGGAGUACUGGCUCCAGUAUUAUCUAUAGCUUCAUGUUCCGGACUACAAUGUUGAAUUCGCAAAAAUGUUGAAUUUAAUGAGUUCACCACAAUAUUUUAUUUAAGAAUUUACACUGUUUUAAUGUAACGAAUGGAAAUUUGUGUAGCACAUACAUGGUAAUCUUCUCAACUCAAUGGUGUUUAUAUAAACUUAAUCAAUUUUAAAAACAUAGAAUUUUGUUUAAAGUGCAACUUGGGCUGCGAAUAACAAAUGCUUAUGUAUUUCUUAUCAUAAUAUUAUUCGUAUUAUAUUUCGGAACGUAAUGUAUAUGAUUCGUUAAUUUUAUUAAGCUUGUAUUUAAUUUCAAUUCCUAAUUGGAUUAUAUUUAUACUUUGUAUUUCAUUUGAUGUAUUUUACUUAAUAUAACAGUAAUUUUAUCUCAAAAUA